AUGGACGAGGAGGACGACGACGGCAACUUCACCAAGUGGAUGAGCAGCUACUGGGGACACGGAGCUGAGGGAUGCGGAGCUGGAGGACACUCGCGCAAGAGAAGUUUUCGGAGACCCACCAACACCAAAGCUGAUAGACGGGCGUCACUUCCUACUGUGUCCCAGCUAGACGCCAUGAAGCUAAAUCAGCUGCACGAGGCCGCUGUGGCACCAAGCCACGCCAAGAGCCGAGAGGAAAAGGUCGAGGUCCGACCCCACCAGAGGGCUAGGCGGUCCUCUUCCGACGACAACGGGCGCACCAAGUCGGCCGUCCCAGAGAACCGCAUUGGCACCAUUCCAGAGCUGACCGAAUCCUUCCAAAAGAGGCUUUGUCUUCAAGAUAAAUGCAACCUGUCACUGUUAUGUCUGCUGUGUCAUGACAAUAUGUAUCAAAGUGGCGGGGCUGUUCAAGAACUGCACUGCGCGCAUGUGUUCCACAAGGAGUGUGUGGAGCAAUGGCUUUGGAAGAAACAGACAUGUCCCACGUGUCGCCUCAUGGUGUCUAUGCCCAAACCCGUCUACUGGUCCUCAUCCCGCCUCAAAGUCCCGUAA